AUGGCCUCUCGCGGCGCCCAGAUUGGCUUAUGGCCGUCUGCCUCUGCUGCACUCAAACAACUGUCCCGGCGGUCCGCAUCUUCGUCGACUGAAUCCCUCGUGGCCAGUGUAUUACGCUCCCAGCCAUACUCUUCAUUCGCAUCAUCUCGCCCUUCGUUGUCCGUCCUCUCCCGUACGCCACUCUCGCAGGCGCAAACCGUCUUUCGUUACACUCGUGCUGCCAGCAGCGUCUCGCAUAACCUGCUUGCUAGUCUGGAAAAGACGGCCAACAACAACCCCAACAGUGCUACCGCCCAAAAUGCCUUCUACUCUGCCCUCAUUCGCGCCGGUCACCACGAUAUCCUGGUCGAACGCUAUGACAAGAACAUCUACGCAACGAGCCCCUCGGUCGACCAGCUCUACUCCCGCGCCAUAGAAAAAGUCGGUCAACAAGAAACUGGUUCUGGUGCCCACUCAGACGAGACUUCGCAGGCUGUCGGUCAGGCCGUCGCUGCCACUGGUCGCGGUGGUAACCUCUCCGUCUCACGCAAAGGCAGCGGUGCUAAGAAAGAACCCCUGUACGUUGUCGUUGACGAGUCUCUCGGCGCCACCGUCUUCAAGUGGGUCAAGUUCUUGAUGAUCUUUGGUGUCACUUGCUAUCUGUCUCUGGUUGUUCUCACUCUUUUCAUUGAUGCUACUGGCGUCAUUAAGAAGGUCGGCGGAGCCCAGGACAACCAGGCAAAACCUGAACUGCAAAAGACUCGCUUCUCUGAUGUCCACGGCUGUGACGAGGCAAAGGAAGAACUCCAGGAACUCGUCGAAUUCCUCAAAGCCCCUGACAAGUUCUCGACUCUCGGUGGAAAGCUGCCCAAGGGCGUCCUCCUUGUUGGCCCUCCCGGUACUGGUAAAACUCUCCUCGCCCGCGCUGUCGCUGGUGAGGCUGGCGUCCCCUUCUUCUACAUGUCUGGUUCCGAGUUUGACGAGGUCUACGUCGGUGUUGGUGCCAAGCGCGUUCGCGAUCUGUUCACACAAGCCCGUGGAAAGUCUCCCGCAAUCAUCUUCAUUGACGAACUCGACGCAAUAGGAAGCAAGCGUCACGAACGUGAUGCAGCAUACGCAAAACAGACCCUGAACCAACUUCUUACUGAACUCGACGGUUUCGACCAGGAUACUGGUGUCAUCAUCAUCGGCGCAACCAACUUCCCUCAAUCGCUGGACAAGGCUUUGACUAGACCUGGUCGUUUCGAUCGCAACGUUGUUGUCGGUCUUCCCGACGUGCGUGGCCGUAUCAGCAUCCUCAAGCACCAUCUCAAGAGUAUUCGCAUUGACGGUGAAGUCGACGCAUCCGUUUUGGCCCGUGGUACCCCCGGGUUCAGCGGUGCUGAACUUGAGAAUAUUGUUAACCAGGCUGCUGUUCGCGCAUCCAAGAACAAGGCUAAGCGUGUGACUAUGGACGAUCUGACCUGGGCCAAGGACAAGGUGCUUAUGGGUGCUGAACGCCGUUCUGCCGUCAUUCAGCAAAAAGACAAGGUCAUGACUGCUUACCACGAAGGUGGUCACGCUCUUGUAGCCAUGCUCACAAAGGACACUACCCCUCUGUACAAAGCUACCAUCAUGCCCCGCGGUCACGCCCUCGGUCUUACUCAAAUGCUUCCCGAACUUGACAAGGUUUCGGAGACCAGAGCCGAGAUGAUGGCACAGAUUGACGUCUGCAUGGGUGGCAAGGUUGCAGAGGAGCUCAUCUACGGACCCGACAAGGUCACCACUGGUGCAUCUUCCGACAUUCAGUCGGCAACCCGCAUUGCUCAUAUGAUGGUCACGCAAGCCGGUAUGUCAGAAAAGCUCGGCAACGUCGACCUCAACACCGACUACGCCCGCUUGUCAUCCGAGACGAAACAAAUGAUCGAGAGCGAAGUACGAAGACUAGUAGAAGAAGGCCGUGAACGUGCCACAAAGCUUCUACUCGACAACCGCGAAGGACUCGAACGUCUAGCGAACGCACUAGUCGAAUACGAGACCUUGAGCAAAGAAGAGAUGGAAGCAGCGGUACGAGGAGAAAAGCUUUCUCCCAAGAAGCCGACGGCGGAUCCAGAUGUUCCUGUUAAGAUGCCGGAAAUUCCUCUUCCACCAUCCUUUGGCGUGCCGCCUUCAAUAGGAGGAAACCAUGGCCCUGGUGGCGUACCCAGUCCACGACCCUCCCCCGGCGGCAAUGAAGAUGGACCUUCACCCUACCCAACAGGUCCUUAG